AAUGAAAUACAUAAUAGUGCUGAGCCGAAGUGCUAAUGAAUAAUUUCGACUAAACUAUAGCUUAAUUGGUGUUUCCUGCUAAAAUAAGUUUUCUUGCCAUACAUUAUUGCCUGCUGUUCAUCGGUUGGUAAUGUAAAGGAAAUCUUGUCGAUAUUUAGGCCUAAUUGAAACGCAAUGGCUCUGCUGGGAGCGCAAAUGGUAAUUACGCUGGUCAUGGUCAGCGUAAUCCAGAAGGUUAGUCCACACUUUUCGCUCGCCAAGUGGAUUCUCUGCUCGACCGGUUUGCUGCGCUACCUUCAUCCAACGGACGAUGAACUGCGGAAGCUCUCGGGGGUUCCACGGGAGAAGGGUAAAUCGAAAAAAGACAAACGAGGCAACGGGCAUGUUGAAUUCAGCGAGAAACCAUCGACCUUCCAUGUUCCGCGAAGUUUAGAUGUGCAGCUAGAAAGUAUUGGCAUAUCGCCGUACGACAUUGUCCAUCUGAGAUACUAUACCGAAUACCAGUGGAUGGUGGACUUCAGUUUGUAUGCUUCCAUCGUUUAUAUUCUCUCGGAAGCGUUUCACUUUUUCUUUCCGUUGAAGGAAGAGUUUAAUUUAAGUAUGCUCUGGUGCCUGCUAGUGAUUUUCUUCGCUUUCAAACUUUUGGCGUCACUUACCAUUCAGUAUUUUCAAAGCGAGGAAUCAAUCGGGGAACGUUCAACGUGUAUUGUCACCGGACUGGUGUAUUUACUGAUUGCAAUGAUAAUUUUGAUUGUACCGGAAACUACCCUGGAGGUGGGAUUAGAUCGGGCCUACAAAAGUUUUAAUGACAGUGCCUCGGUUUUUCUUGAAUCACAAGGACUUCAAUCUUCUGGUCCAGCUUCAAAAAUCGUGGUCAAGUUCUUCAUAGCCGUUACUUGUGGCAUCCUUGGUGCACUGUUUACGUUCCCAGGCCUUCGAAUGGCCAGGAUGCAUUGGGAUUCACUGAAGCUGUGCCAGGACAGAGUGUGGCUCAAGUUUUGGCUUAAUUUAAGUUUUGCUAUGCCUUUCCUUUUGGUUAUUCUUUGGAUCAAACCGCUGAGCCGAGACUAUCUUACAGUACGAGUCUUUUCUGGAAUGUCUGCACCACUCCUUUCAUCAGAAGCAUUUGAAACGAUACGCUUGGCUGCGGUAGUGUUUGCGGUUUUGCUUCGGUUUAUUAUGAUGCCAGUAUAUCUGCAAGCGUAUCUGAAUCUAGCUUACCAUCGAAUUGAGGACCAAAAGAAAGAAGCUGGCAGGAUAACCAAUGUGGAUCUGCAGAAAAAAAUCACUUCCAUUUUCUACUAUCUGUGCGUCGUGACACUGCAGUAUGUAGCGCCAAUCCUCAUGUGUUUAUACUUCGCACUUAUGUACAAAACUUUGGGCGAGUACACCUGGACAGGGUUCCUUAAGGAGGCAAUCCCUGUGGAUGAGUGUUCAGCGGAUUUAGAAACGCAAUUAGCCAUGGAAGCUGCCACUAGAGCGAUGACGACUGCGACGGCAGAGAACAAUGUUGCCGCAACGAUCGACGACGCCAGUGUACUAUCCACUGCGCAAUCCCUUCAGUUGUCUUUACACAGCUUAAAAGGAAUUUUCACCAAAGACGUAUAUCGGGGAAUACUGGGUUUCGCAACCUGGUGGUGCUGCUUCAUUUGGUUUGCUGCCACUUCACUAGGAAUGGUUUAUCAGUCGUACUUUACCAAGACAUAAACGCGGGGAGUGCAAACGGUUUGUGUGUUUUGUUCGCUUCUAAGAACGCUGUGCAUUUAACGUGAAAAUGUGCAUUUUUACAAUUUAUACAAUGGGAACGCAUCUGUCCAUUGACGAUUCGACGCACACCUUCAAGUCAAAGGGCCAUAUUUGGAACCGGUUUAGUGUUUAGUUUAAUUAUUUAGGUAUCCUCCUACCUAAUGGUAAGUUUGCAAUAAAAUAAAGCGAAAAGU